AUGUUCAGUUUCAGUGGUAACCUACUUGCGGGGCAACAUGAUACACAGAAACAGAGGUCGCCACCUUCGAAACCAUCACCCGUCAAGUUUCCCUCCCUUGAGCCGCCCGAGCCAUCAACAAACACGCUGCCAGCUUCCUGGACCGAGCCAGGAGCCAGGAUCUCAGGGCACUUCUUACGACUGAAGAAGCCGUCCGACGUCAGUGAAGACACCUUGGCUUUGCUCAAUGUCACGUUUCAGCCCCAGUGUGACCUAGAAACAUUAUUGUCAUCCUUGUCAAACCACGCAGAAUCGUUCUUACCCCCAAAUUCCUGGGUAGAUUCGCCUGGAGAGCAAGAGGCAGUACAAACAGGAUCUGCAGCCACACUUCUGAGCAAUGGCAGAAGGUUACCAGAUCAGAGGGAGUUCUACGUCCGGGCAAGAGAACUUUUGUUCAAGAAUGCCGAUGCUUACUCGACACUCACGCGUAAAAGUAAUGGAAGUCAACCACCGGUUCGACUGGCUCAUUUUCGAAAGUUUUGGGAAGGUCUUGAUAACUUGGCUUAUUACUGGGAUACGUCUCUAGACGAGUAUCUUCCACCGGUCCAAGAAGCUGGUGGUAGUAGUAGAGAAACCGCAGUCUCAGACUCCCUGCAAGAGCCCACAAAUGUCGAGAGUCGGGAAACCAAACGUGAAACGGACUCGGACCGGGUGUCGAUAGUGAGGCAAGGGUCUCGUACGUCUGAAGAAGAGGAGCCUCGCAAGAAGGCCAAGGUAGAAGACACUGAAAGUGAAAAACGAUCAGCCGAGACCCAUAGCGCCAAUGGCACCAGCAACGCGCCCGUGAGUGCACAGGUGCCAUCAACUUCUCCAAAUCGUGUACUCCCAGCUCGGGCUGCACCGCCAAAGACCCCGUGGGCUGCGAACAUGGAGUCUCAGAGCAAGGCGGUUGAUCUCUCGAAUGGGUCAUACCGAGGGUAUCGUAUUGGGAAUGGUGCCGAGAUGCCUGACCAGUAUCGCAUUGACUGCGUGCGUAGUUUCUUGGAGCCAAUCGCAUGGGCGUUUGGGGUGACACUCUUACCACACCGCCGUCCUCCUGUCCUCACAAUCGAGCACAUUCGGUUCCCUGUUCGUAUGAGCUCAGUCGCUUGGCAAGCACCCCAGGACAGGGCCAAGGCUAGACAUGGCUAUUUGGAAGGUCCUGUAUUGGGUGUACAAUGCAGAGCAGACGUCGGCUUUGGUUUGACAGGCAACUUGGAAAAGCAGUCCACUCUUGAUGCCGUGCGUGAGUUGGGAGGAUUACUAUUGUUGGCGCAGGAGAGAGCUAGAGAAGGAAAAUCGGAGCGAAGAGGUGGCGAGAGUAAGUGGUGGACGACGAAAGAGCGCUGGGGUGGAGGGCCUGGCGGCGAGGUUGGCGAGACUAUCGGGGCCACCGAGAUACUCUCUAAAGAAGCAGCUGCUAAACCUGAAGGGAAACCCGCUGAAAGGAAUCGUGACGGAUCCAAGGCUCGUCGCAGGCCAUCACCAGCAGAGGUCUGGAAAACGCUGCGACCCGGGAAUCCACUAUGGGAUCCCAAAGUUACCUACAAAGCCAUUGGUAAAGACAAAAGUGUUGAGUGGGACGAUGUCUUCAUGGUUUCGUCAUUGAAUCACCACAUCAGCCUGUUAAAACUACGCAUACAUCCAGCUUAUCUCGAAUACAUUACCGAAGGUAAACUCUCUAGCGAGGCGCCAUCAGAUCCCGACUGGUUUUCGCCAAAGCUGCAAAGAACGAGAUGGUUUGACUUGUUCAACGUCGAUGAUCGCGCCGAAGCAAUGAGAGGUAUUUGGGGCAUUAUGUCCUAUCUCAUGCGUGCGGAUACGAAUGAUCACGACGGCACUGCUACAAACUAG